CCACUGGACUCAAAUCAGUGCAACACACACACACACAUUGCAGCAUCUCUACAAGUUAUCCUCUUUUGCCAUUGACUUAUUUUUUGUACGUGGCUGUCGACUGAACUUUUCAAUCAUGGUGACACUUGUUCGCACGGAUUUUCCUACUUUAAGGACAAUAUUAUGUAUAGUUGGAAUUAUUUUGUCAUUUUAUGCACUAUAUGUGGAGCUGAGCAAAGAACAUAAUCCGGAAUUCGAGGCGAUGUGUGAUUUAAGCGGAACCAUCAGUUGCUCAAAGGUGUUCACUUCAAAAUAUGGCAAAGGAUUUGGCAUUGUUGGACAGAUUCUAAGAGAAGAUAACAUUCUUAAUCAACCCAACUCUGUGUAUGGAAUAAUCUUUUAUUGUCUUCAAAUUGCUCUGGCCACAAUCUUCAGUUACUCGGCAUCAAUUCUCCUUCUGUUAACAUCAGUAGUAUCUGUCGCUGGUUGCUUCUAUCUUGCAUAUAUUCUCAUGUUCGUGUUGGAGGAUGCCUGUAUUGUCUGUAUAUCAACGUAUGUGGUGAAUGGAGCCCUGUUAUUCAUCAAUUUAAUCAGGUGGAAUUCAGAAAGGAGGGAAAGAAAGUAUACAAGGAAAUCCAAAUCAGAUUGAUGUCAAAAUAUGUUAGUAAUUUUUAUUUGUAAAUGUUUUUCUUGCAAUUGGGGGGUGUGGAGUAUGUGUGAUUUAAGAGUCUUGGUGCAAAAUGAGGUACGGUAAUGAGAUCUUUUCAUGCAAGCUUUUAAUGAAUUUGAAAUUUAUUUCAGGAACAGGGCCUUGAGGUUAAGAAAAUAGUGGCUUUGAAUGUAACACAACUGAAAAUGGUUCUUGUAGUAUGAUUAUAGCAGAUUGUAAUUAUUAGGGUAAGACAGGAUUUUUUUUUAAUUACACUAUAGAUACAGUAAAAUAAAAAUGAAAUGUUUGGGAAAGAAAAUGGGUUUUUAAUUUGAAAGUUGGUUAACUUGAUUUGUUGUGUGUGAAAUCCAUCAUCAUUAGCCAAUUUAAAUUCUCAGAAUAUUAUCUAUUAGAAAUAUUAAUUAGGUACUUAAUUGCAGGCUUAAUUGUUUGUAUGUGAUUGUGACAGAAAAAUUCAAUCUACUUUAAUUUACAAGUGUUAUUCAUAUAUCCCUCAAAGGGUUUAUAAAUGUACUUAGAGGUAAUAUAUUGCUUUAUAAAUUCAUGAACCUUUAUACAUUCCAUCUAUAUGUAUAAAUUAAUUAUACUUGAAAGGUCUAACAAUAGCAAGGUUACAUGCUUGCAAGCAUCAGUGUAUUGAUUUACCUGUUAUGUCAUUAGUACUGUGGUUACUUUCAUUAGACAGGACUGCAAUGUCACUAAUCUUGAUUUAGAGUAGGAGCGCUGUGGCCCAGUUGAGAAGUCUUCUGACUUUGAAACAGAGGGUCGUGGGUUUGAGUCCCAGCCAUGGCGUAAUUUCCUUCAGCAAGAAAUUUAUCCACAUUGUGAUGCACUCAACCUAGGUGAAGUGAAUGGGUACCUGGCAGGAUUAAUUCCUUGAAUGCAUGUGCACUGAAAGGCAGCUCGAGCUAAAGCCGGGGUAAUAAUAAUGAUAACAACGUGCCUAGGAAUAGAAUAUUUCUAGAUAGAUGGCGCUAUAUAAAUGCCUAUUAUUAUUAUUAGGAGUAUGAUCCAAAGGUACCCUUUUUCAGACAAAAAAAAUAUAUAUUGAUUUUGACAUGAACCCAAACUAUUUUAUUUUCAUGAUCAGUUAUUAAGUGACAACACUGUUCAUUGAAGUUGAAGAUGUAUUUAUGAAUAUAAAACACAAAGAACUUUAUCACUUGAUGUUAAUCUAUGUAGAUGGGGGUACUUGCUCUAAGUGCAGUAGAUGAGUAUUUUUAUUUCUCAUCUUUUAAAACCAUGUAGUUUAUUCUGGAUCAUAUAUAACUUUGUGAGUGCAGAUCAAUGAAGUUCUGCUAAGAUGUGCAUGUACAUGUAAUAUUGUCAUGUAUGCAUUGGUUUUAGUUUCACUAUUAUUUCAUAACAAUGGGCCAAAAACAUUGUUCUUAUCCUUGUGGAAAAAAAAUUGAUUAGUUCAAUUUAUUUUGUAAUGGUAAACACAAACCUUUUUUUACAUGAUAUUGGAGAUGAACCUUUAUUUAUCUUUACAACUUGGAUCAAUUCCACAGGUUCAUUUCAAUCCAAGUUUGUUUUCUAAUGGAAUAUUGUUUUUCAUUUUCUCUUUUUUGGGGGUCAACAUUUGUGCAAUGGGUCUAUACAGUAUAUUUAUAGUACUGGUAAUUGGCCUACAUGUACCUUGCAAUAUCUGUGAUGAUUUAAGAUACAUAUUUUCAUAAUUUUUCUUUCUUUUAUUAAAAAAGGUAAUGUAAUCAGGUAUCACUGAUCAUUUUACAUUAGUGUCAGGUCACAUGAUCAAGGUCAAUAGCCAUUUAGUGUCAAUGAAUGAACUUUAAUUGUAAAAAUUGUGUUUUUGUGAAUAAUCAUUCAUCUUAGUUGUUUUCAAAGUCAGCACUGCUGCUAUAUUGAAUCAUGUAAUGCUGGCGAGAUGGCCAGAGGCCUUGCGUCUGUUUUAAAAAUACAUUUAAAAUCAAGAGAUUUCCUUAUAAUUCUAUGAUUUCUAUUUGAUAGUAACAUUUAUAAUUUCUUUGAAAGGAGCCUAAUUUCAAGCUCUUUUUAUCAUGAAGUCUGAAAAUGAUUGGGAUGAAUUUAAUUUCAGGCAUGUGGUAAUUCAUUAACAGUAAAAGUGAAAACUGUCAAUUUUUUAAUGAAACAAGUUAUUUUCCUUUCAAACAUUUCUUAAACUUCAUAGCUACGUGUAUAUACAUGUUGAAUGUAAAAUGUUUACCAAUUUCUCAUUGAAUUUUACAUUUUCUUAUCAGAUCGGUACUUAAUUGUAGAUGUUCAAAGGCACAAGAAUAUUAUCACACCAGGUCUACCAGAUUUGGUUGUCAUAGGAUUUUACUAAAAGUAUUUGACAAAAUGACCACAUCUCAAUUGACAUUCUUAUUUUCUUCAAGUCCAAUUUAAUGCUUAAAAGCAUGUAAUGCUUGUGUCAAAAAUCUUGCCUAAUAAAUGACAAUAAAAGGCUAUUACAUGUUAUUCAUGCAGUGACAAUUUAUUACAAAGAAAUCUUGUCAAAAUAAUACUGUACAUGUACAUUUGUUACAAGUUCAAUAAUCAGUUUAUAUAAUACUGAAUUUGUUUCGUUGUCAAGAAGGAACUGAUAAACAAUAAGCUACACAUACAUGUACAUGUAUGCUGUUAACUAACCAUUUCAAGCCUCCUAUAAUGCAUCUGGGUGAAGAAUGAUUUAAUUUUGAUGACCAAGAACCUUGAUCAUGGCUUUCUUGUUUGUUUAUAUGUUAUCUUUUAAGUUAAUGCCAAAAACAGUUGAGAGCUCAGAUCAUAUUUAUGAGAAAAGUGGGUCUCAUUGAGCACUUGUCUGUCAAAUAUAUCACACUUUCCGGUGGGUUAUUCACAAAGAGCUAAGAUCGAUUUUAAUAGAUAAAGUCAAUCUUGUGAGAUUCCUUUGGUCUCCAGCUCUUAAGAAUUGAUGUUAGCUGUUUCUCAAGCAAUGUUUGUCCUCUGUAAAGCUCUGUGGUCUAUUAUUGGUUUGAAUUGAUUUAAAUGCAUGUAAAACAUGUGCCGUAUGUGAAAGUAAAAUGAUGUUCUCAAGUAUUAUGAGAUAUUGUUAAAAGAAAGAAAUCGUUGUCUCCCAAGGAAAAUUUAUAUUAAAUGUUUCAAAAUUAUGAA